AUGCCCGUCCGCAUCCGGCUUGCCCGCCACGGCCAACGUCACAAUCCUUUCUACCACCUCGUAGCUAUCGCCUCCAACAAGCGAAGAGACGCCAAACCUCUAGAGCUGCUCGGGACAUAUGACCCCAUACCUCGCCUACCCUCCACUGCCGAUCUCCCCUCCUCGUCCAAGGUAUUCGGGGCGAAGCUUGAGGAUGUACCAAAAGAGAAGGAGGUGAAGUGGAAUGUGCAGAGGAUACAUCACUGGUUAGAGACUGGGGCGCAGCCAACAAAGAGCGUAGUGAAGCUGUUAGAACGGGGCGGUGUUUUGACUGUACCACACAAGUGGCAGCACCAAUAUAGCCCAGGACUGGCUGCAGCCAUCGCCAAUUCCUCCUCCUCGUCCACCUCACCACGAUCAAACCUAUCAUCCUCACAAGCUUCUUCCCCUUCCCCCUCCGCUCCUACAUCAGGCGUGAUAGAUUCUCCGGCGGUACGGACGACGGGAUUUGCAGGAGCGACAGCCACAUAG